AUGGCACCCAAAACCUCUGGAAAGGCUGCGAAAAAGGCCGGAAAGGCCCAAAAGAACAUCUCCAAGGGAGACAAGAAGAAGAAGAAGCGCAGGAAGGAGAGCUACGGAAUCUACAUCUACAAGGUGUUGAAGCAAGUUCAUCCCGACACUGGAAUCUCCGGAAAAGCCAUGUCGAUCAUGAAUAGCUUCGUGAACGACAUCUUCGAAAGAAUCGCUGCUGAAGCUUCUCGGUUGGCUCAUUACAACAAGCGAUCUACCAUCACUUCGCGGGAGAUUCAGACUGCUGUUCGUCUACUCCUGCCUGGAGAAUUGGCGAAGCACGCUGUGUCUGAAGGGACGAAAGCGGUAACCAAGUACACUUCCUCUAAGUAA